AUGCCUGUGACGGAAACUGCCAUUGAGAACGGUUACAAGUUUUACGAACUCUGGUGGGAGGCGCCUGGAGCUAUCAAGGCUUUGUUCAAUGUUGCCCUCGCUUUGCCCCUGGUCGCCCUCCUCGUGAAGUUGCACAAAUGGAACGAGAGUGCCAUGUUCUUUGACGGAAGCAGCGUCGCCAUGCAUUUGGCGACUGUGAUUCUCUACCUCACCGUCCACCUCACCUCUCUCCGAACUUUCCUCCCCGAAUCUACAGUGGCUUCCUCCUACUCUGUCCUCCCUACUCCUGCUCCCCGCGAAUUCCCUCCCACCAACGACGAGAAGAUUGAGGCUCUCCGCGUCUUGGCUGCCGCCAACGCCCUUGUCGGUCUCUUGACCGUUGGUAUCAUCGGCAUGCAGAUUGGCCAGGAGUAUGCCAGGCGAGUCGAGGAGAAGGAGCAGCGUGAGGUCGACGAGGGAAAGAAGGAUAUCUAA